CCUCUUCCUCCCUCCACCUUCAACGGAGCGAAAGAAAACAAACAGUAACGAUGGCGGCGUCGGGAAGCGACCGGCUGCUGGGCUCUAGGCAGGGGUGAUUGAGUCGUGAGGGGAACCUUGAAGAACGCCCGUUGACGUGAGCGCGACAAGUGCAGUACUGGGAGCGAAACACCUGAGACCUGCGAGCGACCAGCCUCCUAAGGCGUGAGGUAACUCUCUGCGACCUGUGCUGUCACUGCAGCUGCGGAGCGCGGACCCCUCAACCAGGAGGCGCAGCUGGUCGUCCCCAAGCCCCGGCCUCCGUAAUGAGAACCCCGAGCCACUCCCUGUGUCACAGCUUCGCAGGUGAGGGUGACUGUUGAAUAGUGAAAAAAGGGACUCAAGGUUUACGGCUAUCUUCUUACUGGCAGUGGAGCGACGUGUGGAAACCUGCGAUCCAUUCGCAUUAAAUAAAUCUCUGGAUUCUUAUAGGCAAUGGAAACUGAUCUCAAUUCCCAGGACAGAAAGGACUUGGACAAGUUCAUUAAAUUUUUUGCCCUCAAGACUGUCCAAGUGAUUGUCCAGGCUCGACUUGGUGAGAAGAUUUGUACUCGUUCAUCUUCAUCCCCAACGGGUUCAGAUUGGUUCAAUUUAGCAAUCAAAGACAUCCCAGAGGUUACCCAUGAAGCAAAGAAGGCACUGGCAGGGCAGCUGCCUGCUUUUGGGAGAUCUAUGUGUGUGGAGAUUUCACUCAAGACUUCUGAGGGAGAUUCCAUGGAGCUAGAAAUUUGGUGUCUUGAAAUGAAUGAAAAGUGUGAUAAAGAAAUAAAAGUUUCUUACACGGUAUACAACAGACUGUCAUUGCUGUUGAAGUCUCUCCUUGCUAUAACUAGAGUGACACCGGCUUACAGACUCUCCAGAAAACAAGGUCAUGAAUAUGUCAUAUUGUACAGGAUAUAUUUUGGGGAAGUUCAGCUGAAUGGCUUAGGAGAAGGUUUCCAGACAGUUCGUGUUGGGACAGUGGGCACCCCUAUGGGCACCAUCACUCUUUCUUGUGCUUACAGAAUUAACUUGGCCUUCAUGUCCACCAGGCAAUUUGAGAGGACCCCACCUAUCAUGGGGAUUAUCAUUGAUCACUUUGUGGACCGUCCCUAUCCCAGCUCCUCGCUUAUGCACCCCUGCAAUUACAGAGCUGCUGGUGAGGACACUGGAGUAACAUAUCCUUCUGUGGAAGAUUCUCAAGAAGUGUGUACCACUUCUUUUUCCACCUCCCCUCCAUCCCAGUGUGUAUUUACUGUCACAAAGGCACAUUUUCAGACCCCUACUCCUGUGGUGACAGACACCCUGAGGGUCCCCAUGGCAGGACUGGCCUUUUCCCAUCAACUCUCAAGCUCUCGUCUUUCCUAUCAGCUUGCUGCCCUGGGAGUUGGAUCAGCUGACCUGGCUUAUCCAGUAGCGUUUGCUGCUGGCUUAAAUGCUACACACCCUUACCAGCUAAUGGUUCCUGGGAAGGAAGGUGGGGUGCCCCUUGCUCCCAACCAGCCUACCCAUGGUGCCCAGGCUGACCAGGAGAGAUUGGCAACCUACAUCCUUUCUGACGGGGCCCAUUGUGCUGCCACACCUUCCAGCAGUGAGGAUACUGAAACUGUAUCAAACAGCAGUGAGGGACGGGCUUCCCCCCACGAUGUCUUGGAGACCAUCUUUGUCCGAAAAGUGGGAGCUUUUGUCAACAAACCCAUCAGCCAGGUGACUCUGACCAGUUUGGACAUACCCUUUGCCAUGUUUGCUCCCAAGAAUUUAGAGCUGGAGGAUGCCGAUCCCAUGGUGAAUCCUCCAGAUUCCCCAGAGACUGAAUCUCCUCUCCAGGGCAGCCUGCUCUCUGAUGGUUCCAGCGGUGGCGGCAGUGGCAAUGCCCAUGACGAUUUUGUUAUGAUCGACUUCAAACCAGCUUUUUCUAAAGAUGACAUUCUUCCAAUGGACUUGGGGACCUUCUACCGUGAAUUUCAGAACCCCCCUCAGCUGAGCAGCCUGUCCAUAGAUAUCGGGGCACAGUCCAUGGCUGAGGACUUGGACUCACUACCAGAGAAGCUGGCUGUGCACGAGAAGAAUGUCCAAGAAUUUGAUGCCUUUGUAGAAACCCUGCAGUAAAAGUUGAUGUCCUUGAGUACCAGCAGCAUCCCCUUCUUGUGAUCCCAGGAGACAGAGCCUCCCACUCAUCAGCUGCUUCCAUCCCUCAUCCUCCUCCAUGCCAGGUGGAAGAGAGGCUGAUUUCCCCCAUGGGAUCCGUAAGUCCCUGCUCUUUCACCUGCUGCAGAUUCCAUGGCAGCACUCAAGCCCAGUAAUAGCAUUUGAGAGGACUCACCCUCUGGCCUUGGAAAUGGGAAAACCCUUUAUAACAAGAGGGCCUUCAGCAGGGCCAUCUGCUCACACCAUCUGGCAGCAACUACCCCACAAAGGCUGUCACCCCAUUCCUUUUGGCUCCUCCUGCAGCUGGCCCUUGCAAGCUGGCCCUUCCAAGGUCCACCAUUCUCCUAGCCCCACCCCUUAUCAGAGCGCCUGGGCAGCCCUGGUGGCUGCCUUUGCUCAGCAUCUCCUCUAUGUGCAAACAGAAUCCUGUGUCUCUAGGAGUGUAUCACUGAGUCACAGCAAAGAUUCUCUUCUCUCUCCUUCCUCCCUCUGUUGCUGCUCCUUGGUAAUAUAGAACACAGUAAAUAUUUAUUACUUUCAGAGAAAUCACAUAUUUUAUAGAGAAAAUAUGUUUGAGGUUAGCUGUUUUCACUUGGAGAUGGUAGAGAAGCUCUUCCUGAGGCAGGCCUCCACCUGUAGAGUUCCUUAGCUUCUGGGUUGCUGCUCUGAGGAUCUUACUUCCCAUAUAUAUCAGGUGGGAUCCAAGAAUAAGGCUGGCUUAGGGCAACAGAACCUUCUAGAAUCACACUGCAUUUGAACUGACAAUAGGCAUUACCUUGGACACCAACAUAUUCAUGGUGAGAGCCUUGAGUCUCUCACAGCUUCUGUAGAAUUGACUGACUCCUUUCUGGCAGCCCAGGAAGUCUUGGAUGCUAAAAGUGAUGAUUCCCCAGAGUUGUGCAACAUAUAGUACCCAGGGGGCAUUGUAUAUGCCCCACUGAGGCCCUGGGGAAGACCAGACAGGCCUUUCCUUCUGGAAUACUUGUUCCUGUUUCUUGGGGCUGGAUUAUGGGCUUUUUCCUCCUGCCUGUACCUGGCCACCACCUUCUUUUAAUCCUAGGGUCUGUACCCUGCCCUAAGGUUUACUGUUGGAUUGGUUCCUUGUUGAGAAACCAAAGCUGGGCAUACAGUUAACUUAAUUCUUCAGGUAUUGUUGAGUAAGUCAAGUGCCUAGCCUCACCCACCUACCAUCUGUCCCUCUCCCUAACAGGUAGUCCUGGCCAAGGAAAUGUAGGCCUGCCCUACUCUUCCUGGGGCCCCUGGGGUAUUCAUUGGUAGCAGCUUCUCUGCCAUGGAGCAGCUGGCCCUCAGUCUUUUUUUAGUAAAUGCAUGUUACGUUGUUCUCAUCAAAAGGCUGCACUCUGAGGGCUGGAAUGAGUUCUGAUGCUGUCUCAGGUAGGCUGAGCCCUGCCCCUGUCCAUGCAUUCUGCUGCCACAAAUGUUCCCAGCAGUGGUGUCCAACUGGCUCUAUCUUUGGGCCAGAGCACAGUGAUGGCCUGCUAAUCCAAUCCAGGUUUAUUCCCAAGGCCCUAGCGCUGAAAAGGCCAAAAGCCCUAUUAAGUUAUUGAUUGUUCUGUCCCUUUCUUUCCUACCCCAGUAUCUCAGCCACUGUCCUCCUUCAAGGCCAAGUGUGGAAAGGCCUGUUAGCCAUUGUUCUGUUUGCCUCCUAAUUGUUGGCCUCUGCAGGCAGCAGCCUUUCUUCAGGACCCCAUCAGUGAGAGACCAGGGAGGCUGAGCCCUGACUUUGAGCUGAGCCUGGUUGGAGCAGAUAAACUGUUAAGGGCCGGCCCUUGCCCCUCCGCCCUGUACAAUAAAAGGUAUGGGCCCCAGACUGACUUCUACAGCACCCCCAGGACAGAGCUGGGACCAGUCAUCUGUCUCCAGGUAGCAGGGUCCCUCCCCUUCUGCCUACCUACCUUGUUUGAAAAUACUGAGCUAUACUUUAAUGUAUUCAUGAGAUUUCCAAUAAAAUUUUUUCUGUACUGUA